ACGGAAACGUUGCUAGCCGCUUCGGCAACCAUAAUUUGUACUGCGAGUUGCGGAACUCAACACCAUCGCGAUUGCAGGCGGCAAGGAGCCAAGGACGACUAAGCCGACCCAUGUUAAUUAUAAUAUUUGAGAAUGCACUGGAGCAUGACAAACGCCAGAUGAAAUGGCCCGACGCAGAACUUGAGUUUGAAGUCGCAACACCUUUACAGUUUGAGUGGAGCGAUCGCAGCCAUGUGGACCUACCAGCCCGUGGUUAACGUCGGCGUGCAGGUGCUGGUGCUGAUGGCGCUGGGCUGGACGUUCGCCCGGUUCCGCUGGCUCCAGCAGUCGGCCUUCCUGCCGCCCAUCAACUACCUCAUCCUGCACCUCGCGCUGCCCGCCUUCAACAUCUACCUCAUGGGCAUCAAGCUGGACCUGCAGGACGCGUACGCCUGGCGCUCCUUCGCCGCCUUCCUGCUGUGGGUGUCCGCCGUACAGGCCGGCACGCUGCUGUACUGCUGGCGCUGCUGCGGGGGAGACGCGGGGGAGGCGGCGGUGGUCAACAUGGUCCUGCUGAUGGACAACUUCGGCAUUGCGGGCCUGCUCACCCUCAACGCCACACUGGGAACCAAGUGGGGCACGCUGUCCAUGCUCAUGGCCAUGGGUUUCUUCCUCACCAUCUUCCCCUUCUCACUCACUGCCUUCGAGUGGGAGAAGUGGGCGGUGGCGCAGCACGUGCAGGCGGCCGCGGCGGCGGCGGCUGUGGACAUCGAGGCCGCAGCCAACACCGCAGUGGCGGCGGAGCGGGCACACAACCUGCGGGAGGGGGAGGCAGGGGAGGCGGCGGCGGCGGCGGCGGCCGUUGAGGCCUCGGCGGCAGCCGCCCGUGCCGCGUCAGGGGAUGGCGCAGACCCCCUGGGUGGCGGCUGGGGCGGCGGCGGAGGGGAGGGCGCGGGGUCGGCGGCGGCGCCGCCGUCCGGCGCCGGGCCGCGCCCGGUACCGCAGCUGCCGUACAAGCAGCACGGCGGCGGUAUGGUACAGGACGCGUACGGCACGGAGCUGUCGUUGUACGGCAUGGACCAACCCAACCGCAUGCGGGAGGCGGCGGCGGCGGACCGUAGCGGCGGCGGCGGCGCCGAUGGCGGCGGCGGCAGCGGCGCCGCCAGCGCUGCGCAUCACCAGGCAACGGGGUCGGGGUUUGAGCUCAUGCCGCUGGCGGCGCCGAUGGCGGCGGCGGCGCCGCCGCCGGAGCCAAGGGCAAUGUCGCCGGCUCUGCAGGAUGCGCUCGCAGCCGGCGCCGGCGGCGGCGGCGGCGGCGCUGCCGUCAACAGCAGCAGCGGCGGCGCGCUGCGAAUUGCGAUGACUGCGGACGGUGGCGACACGGCACAUGUGUCGCACUUCCCGCAUGAGAACCGCUACUGCUGGUGGAGCAACGAGCCCUACCAACCGCACACGCCACACACACCCCGGCUGCACGCGGAGCACACGCCCUCAGACGCCGGCUUCGCAGCCGCCGCCGCCGCCGUCGCGGCCCUGCCUGGCGGCGGCGCUGGCGGCGGCGGCGGCGGCCUGGUCCGGGGCCUGCUCGCUCGCGGCCUCAGCCUGGGCCGCAAGCGCAACGCCGGCACCGCCGGUGCCGCCGCCGCCGCCGCCGCCACCGCCGCCGCAAAUGGCGGCGGCUAUGUCCCGCCGCGGGCGGUUGGCGGCGACUCGGACACCCUGCUGCACCCGCUCGCGAGCCACAGCGGCGCCGUCGUGUCGCCCUUCAUGGCCUCCGCCGCCCUGGGCUUCCCGACUGACACGCCGCCGGUGCCGCAGGCGGCGCCGCCGCCAGGCGCUGGCGGCGGCGGCGGCGCCGCCGCCGCCGCCUCGCUGGUGGGCCCUGGGCCGUGGGGCCGCUCGCAGCCGCCGCCGAGCGGGCUGCUGACGCCGACUGCGGCGGCGGCGGCGGCGGCGCUGUCCGAGCAGCACGGCGGCGGCGUGUUGGCGGCGGUGAUCGAGCGGCUGGCGGCGGCGGGCUCGGAAGCGCUGGCGCCGGCGCUGUGGUCUGACGGCAGCGGCUCGCGUGGGGCACCGCCGGCGGCGACGGCGGCGGCGGCGGCGGUCUCGACUUCGGCGGCUGGGCGCAAGCGCGUCAGUCUCAAGGAUCUGGAGUACGCCCUCACACACCAGCUGUCGGGCGGUACGGCGGCCCAGCUGGCUCGCGUCAGUCGCACCUACACCGCCGCCGCCGCCGCCGCCACCUCCGCCGCCGCCAGUCCAGAUGCCAACGUACGCCGCAUGCUGCUGGCGGCGGCGGGCGCCGGCGGCGCCGGAGGCGGCGGUAGUCGCCCAGCCACACAGACCGGCGAGGCACCUGGCGGCGGCGGCGGCGCCGCCGCCGCCAGGCAGGGCAGUCAGAUGCUGUCGGAUUGGUCACGUGCCGCCAGCGAUGCGUACGGCAUCCAACUGCCCACUUCGACUAACGCCAAUGCCAGCAUGGCGCCGCCGCCGUCACGGCCGCCGCCGGCGCGUUCGCGAAUGGCGCCGUCAACGUUUGCCGCCGGCGGCGGCGGCGCCGCCGCCGCCGCCUACGGCCGUGUCAGCACGCCGCAAACGGCGAGUGGUGGGCAACCGGACGACGACCGGUGUGUGAUGCGGAGCCUGUUUGACGGCGCGCACCUGUCGCCGGCGCCCUCGGCCCCCGCCGCCACUGGCCUACUGCCGCCGCCGUCGCAGCUGCUACAGCCACAGCCGCAGGCCACGCCGGCGGUGUUGAUGUCGCGGGGCUCUGUCACCUCCACCACCAGCCCCAGCCCCAGCCCGCCAAGCAACCUGCCACACUGGGUGUCAAUGCCUCAGCAGCGGCAGCCGCCGCCGCCGCCGCAACAGCAGCAGCAGCACCAACAGCAAACGCAGCCGCACACGCUCGCGCCCGCCUUCGCGCACACGGCAGUGCCUGCCGCCGCCGCCGCCGCCGCCGCCGCCGCGCAGGAGCUAAUGAGCCGUCAGGCGGCGGCCGUACCGCCGCCAGCUCCUGCCGUACAGGGAUCUUCCGUACUCGCAUCCAUGUCGGAGGCGUCCCGUACGGAAUCUCUGGCGGCGCAACCGUCUGACGUGGACGUAGCUUUUACCAUUGGCGGCGGCGGUGGCGGCGGCGGUGGCGGCGGCGGCGGUGGCGGCGGCGGCGGCGGCGGCGGCGGUGGCGGCGGCGGCGGCGUGCCGCCAGCCGCCGCUGAGUCCAUUUUCAGCUUCGGCCGCAGCGGCGCGGCGCGUAACGCCAGCUACGCCGCCGCAGCCGACGCCGUGUUUGGUCCCAUCGCCGCCGCCGCUGGCCGCGGCGACAUCCGCGCCACCGACGCACACUCUGACUCGCCACGCCUCCUCACCGGCGCUCCCGCCCCGCCCCAGAUUCCGGCUUCGCUCAGCCACGCCGGCGGCGGCGCGGCGGCGCCGCCGGCUGGCGCGGGUGCAUCGGCGGCGGCGGCGGCGGCGGCUGAGGCGGUGUCGGGCUCGGCGGCACGGCGGCGGCGCUACGGCUCCCAGCCGCCCUCCGCCGCACAACAGCCGCUCAUGCCACGCAAUGGGCCUGACUCCGCGGGUCCGCCUUCGGGCGCCAACAGCAUUGGUCCGGGCGGUGGCGCUGGUGGCAGCGCCGCCGCCGCCGGCGCCCGUGCCCGCUGGGGCGGCGGACGGCGCACAGGCACAGGCACAGAGGCGGGCUCCGGCCCGGCAUCGGCGCUGACGUCACGAGGCCCGGGCGGCGGCGGCGGCGGCGGCGUGCGGGGCCGAGACCUCAUACUGGCGCUGGCGGCGGGCCUGGCGGCGGCUGACGACGCGCGGUCACGCAAGGGCCCGUACGGCGGCGGCGGCGGCGGCGACGCCACGCCGGGCGGCGCCGCCGGUGUGAGCCGUACGGCCUCGGGUCGCAGUGCGUUGCUGUCGCGGCUGACGACUGCGGCAGCGGGCCUGGGCGCUGUCGCCGCCCUGGAUGAUCGCGAGCGGGAUCGGGAUUAUUAUGAGGAGUUUGUUGACGGCUGGAGCGGCGGUAACUUGGGAUUGAUGCGUACAGAGGCUGGCAGCGUCCUGGACGGCGGCGGCGGUGGCGGCGGCGGCGGGGCAGACAGUGCGGCAGACAAGCGGCUGGUCCGGGAGGCGACGCAGGAGGCACUGGCGCGGCACGGGGGGGUGCUGGGGGCGGCGCGGGCGUUUGUGAGUGGCCACCCGCAGCUGUGGCACAUCCUGUCCAUACUGGCCAAGAACCCCAUGAUCUGGACCAUGUUCCUGGCGCUCGCCAUCAGCGUGUCGGGCCUGCGUGUGUGGCUGGACCCGGCUUCCGCCAGCUUCCUGCCCGAGCUGGGCUGGAUCGCGGGCAGCCUGGCCUGGGUGAACGGGCUGGUUGUGCCGCUCAGCAUCUUCAGCAACGGCACCUGGAUGUACGGCAAGCGGCUUGUGGCGCCGGGGGAGGGGAUCAAGAUGCUGGUGCUGCUGCUGAUCAAGGUGGGGCUGCUGCCGCUGCUGAUGGUGGGCUGCGCGCUGGCUGUGGGGCUGGGGCCGCAGUACACGGCCAGUCUGACGCUGCUCACGCUGUGCCCCGCGGCGGCCACCAGCUUCGUACUGGCCAUGCAGUACGGGCGGGGUGUGGAGCUGGUGUCGCUGACCAAUAUCUUGGGCAACAUAUUUCUGUGCCCGCUCAUCAUCAUCUGGCUCAAGGUGCUCACGGCCCUGGGUAUCAACUACGUAAUGCACGACGACAUCGGCGCAGUCAGCGGCAAGUAGGAGAGCAAACGCAGGAGCGACGCACAUUCAUUGUGCGGGCCAUUAAUUUCAGCGCCCAUCUUGACACCAGUGGUGCCUACGGCUUUGUGCUCAAAGGGCUGCCUCGGCGGCUGCGGGGCUGCGAGCAGGCGGAGGCGCUGUGUGUGUGUGUGUGUGUGUGUGUGUGUGUGUGUGUGUGUGUGUGUGUGUGUGUGUGUGUGUGUGCGUGUGUGUGUGUGUGUGUGUGUGUGUGUUGGCGAGGGUGGCAGCCGGCGGGAUCGACCGCAGCGCCACGGAAACGACCGAUGUGUUUGUGCACGGCCUUGGCAUUAGCAUGCUUGUUGGGGAUCUGGCUCGGGGAGCAGCACGCUGUAGUAUUGCAGUGGUUGCUGCAGGCGGUCGGGGGGGGGGUGCGGCAAGGCCACGCGGUGGAAAGGCAGGGGGCCAGGGUUUGACCGCCACGGGGGCGUGCGCCGGAAGGCAGAGGACAAUGACACAGCGUCACAGGCAUAGGCAGACUGCAGGAGCAUUGGCUUGCAUGUUAAUCUUUUAUCGCCCUUAAAUGUAGUGCAACAUGUCUUGUCGUUACUGAGUGGCGUGAUUUCCGAGCGUGAAACUUGGCGUAACACUUAUUCCCCGGCUGGGACAUUCCCUGCGUACCGCGCGCUACUAGUGUUUAUAUUGGGCUAAGGAUGAGUGCUUAUUGUGGCGUAUGGGUAGAUGCGUGGCCUUGCCUUGAUGUGUGGAUGCAUGUGCGCACGUGUGUGCUGUGUGGUGUGGAGCGGUAGUUUUUGUGUGUGCGUGGUCUCAGUCGCCCUCGGUGCAGCAACCACUGUCACUGUGACAUGUGUGACAUAUGUACGCUGUUACGCGUUGGGCCCGUCAUGCUAUGGGAAGGCAAGGGGGACCGGGCAGGGAGGCACGAGUAGGCGAGUAGGCGGCAUGGCGGAGACCGGCGAGGGGAGCACGUCGCGCCGCAGUGCGAGUGGGUCAGCGAAAGUGAAACCCGACUUAUAGGGGCGACAGGGCUACGGUAAUUCAUGUAUGUGUGUAUUUUUGGAAAGCACGUGUCACGUGAUUGGCGGCGAGUGACGUGACUAGUUUGUUAGCUGCGGGUUAGCACGGACUGUGCACCCCACCCAACCGGCCAAAGGCGGGGAUGCCAAAGGCCCCCAACAUAGAGGCGUGUGCUUAGUAGGCGCCCGCGUCAAGGUGGCUGGGUUGAUAACGACCCGGGAUCAGCCCUUUUCCUGCCUCCCUAAGGCAGCCACCUCCUUGUUGGAAAGCACAAGAGGGAGGUUUGUGUGCGCGUGCGCAUGUGUGUGGCUACACAGCGGCAAAGUGGACGAUGGGCGUAGCGCAGGCAGCGCAGGCAGCAGCAGGUUGGGCAAGUGUGGGCGCCCACAACGCCCUCCCCCCCCGGCGGGUGCCCGCCAAGGGUCCUGCUCUGCCUGCUGGCCUCCAUGCACACACCGUACCGUACUGCAUGCACGGCAGCCACGCGGGCUGCCGCACCCUGUGACCGCACGCCGGCAUGGAUGGACGGCGGGGGCUUGCGUGCUGGGCGCAUGCGCGGUGCAUGCGCUUGGUGGGCUGGUGUGUGUGGGUGUAAGGUGUGUACAUG